UAAUGUAAACAAAGUAACCAAAUGUUUUAUUAAUUGGUUGGUGCAAUGACAUUAUACGAGUUAAUGUUAAAUAUUAAGUAAAUGACGCUUUAAUUUCCUGUUUAGCUGUAAGUUUAGAAAGGGAGAUAUUAUUUGAAACAGUUAGCUUUUGGUCUGUUCUAGAAUUUCAUAGUUAAAAAAUUGUGCUAAUAUGGGUGAAAUGGCAAAUUAUCCUCCAGUUACUCCAAAUGCUCCUCCCCCAGGUUUAAAUCCUGCUUAUUAUCCUGGUGCUCCAGAUGUAAAUUAUCAGCCUGGUUAUCCCCCAAAUGCUGCACCUUAUCCACCUGGAGGACAGGGCUAUCCUCCAGCUAAUCAAGGAUAUCCACCUUCUAGUGGCUAUCCUGCACCUGCAUCUGGAUAUCCAGCACCUAUGGGUGAAGGUUAUCCUCCUGCAGGUGGAUAUGCUGCACCAGGUGGUUAUCCUCAACCGCCUGCCAUGACACAACAGCCUACUGCUGGAGGUUAUCCUCCAUCAUCUGGAUACCCAGCUCCUCAACCAGGAAUGCAACCUCCUGUGGAAGGAAACUGGAUGCCUGUGCCUACAGGAAUUCCUGUUUGCCCCCCUGGAUUAGAAUACUUAACUAUGAUAGAUCAGCUUUUGGUUCAUCAAAAAGUGGAGCUUCUGGAAGCAUUGUUAAGUUUUGAAACAAAAAACAAGUACACCAUAAAGAACAGCAUGGGUCAAAAGGUAUAUACAGCUAAAGAAGAUACUGAUUGCUGCACUCGAAAUUGUUUGGGAUCAGCUCGUCCUUUUGAUAUGAAAUUAAAGGACAUGAGUGGCAAUGAAGUUAUUCAUCUAUAUAGACCACUACGAUGUUCCAGUUGCCUCUGCUUUUGCUGUCUGCAGAAAAUGGAAGUAAUGGCCCCUCCAGGCAAUGUCAUAGGUUAUGUUGAACAAGAGUGGAGUAUUCUUACUCCACAAUUUAGAAUUCAAAAUGCUGCAGGAGAAACUGUUUUAAAAAUUGAAGGUCCUAUCUGCACUUUUUCCAUCUGUGGGGAUGUGGAAUUUAAAGUCCUUUCCAAAGAUGGUAGCGUUGAAGUUGGAAAAAUUUCCAAGCAAUGGUCAGGAUUACUGAGAGAAUAUUUCACUGAUGCCGAUCAUUUUGGUAUCACUUUUCCUCUAGAUUUAGAUGUAAAUAUAAAAGCAGUUUUACUUGGAGCUCUUUUCCUCAUUGAUUAUAUGUUCUUUGAGAAAGAAGGAAACAAAGAAAAUGAUAUGCCAGGCAUGCUGUGAAAAUAUUUUUUUUUGUUAAAAAGUGCAUUUUUGAUCCUAUAAAUAUGAAGUGCUACUAAAUAGCACUCCUUAUUAUAUCCAUUUAAAUUGUGUAACAUAUUCUAAACUCUUCUAAUAGUUUAAAUUUAUGCAAAUGUAAGUAUUCUUUUGCAAAUAAUUUUAAAAAAGCAUUUUUCAUUUGCACUUUAUAAGAAAUAAUAUUUUAUAUAAAAAGAGGUUUAAAAUAAGUUUCUGUAUCUUUUACUAGAAUGAAUAAUAUUUUGCUUGAAGAGAUUUUAAGUGUAUUAAUUCAUGUGCUUGUGUAUUAAGUGUAUUCAUUUUUGUGCCUAUUCAUUGUUUGAAAACUAUUUUGUUUGCAUAUUAUGUGGCUGUAUUGUUGUAUACUGUAAUAUUGCAUCUAAAAUAAUAUUCUUAAUUCAGUAAGCAAAGUGUUUAGACAGUUGUUAUGAAUUUUUAUAAAGUAUGCUAUAAUAGCAGCUAUGGACAUUAUCAAUUAAUUUUAAUAUUUUGUUUUAGUUAAAAACUGUAUUGCACUAACUGAAAUAAUUUAUUAAAUUGGUAUAUUAAAAAUUGAUAAUUGAAGUGUUUUUAAAAAAGUUUUUGUUGUUUUGCCCACAAUCCUUUGAGCUGCCAGGCUUCUUCGAAUCUACUUAUGAAGAGCUGUAUUUGCAUAGUAUGUAUUAAAUAAUUUUUUGUGUUUCUAAGCUUCCUUUCAUUUAGAAUGAUACUUAAAUCAUUAAAGAAAUAAGAGAGCUGAAUAUUUUAAGUAGCAAAUAAUAAAAUUUUGUAUUUAAAGUGGUACCUUGGUAUACUUCAUUAAUACUCGAAUCAAAUGAACAUUUCUAACAAAAAAACAAAGGGAAAUAAUUACAUAGCACUUUAGUAUUAAAAUACAAAUGCAGUGGCUGAAAUAUAUACUGUACGUUAAUGAAAAUUUACCAGAUUUAUUUAUCUUUUUCUCCUUCUGUCAAGUAACUUCUUGGAUAUGAUUGCAAAUGAAGCUUCAAGCUAAAAAUCUACCCAAAGGAUUUCCUUUCUCCUUAAGAAGUUUCAGAAAUACACCAGUUAAUCAUGUUAGUAAAAUUAUUAAAUCUAUUAAUCUAGUUCCAUUACCAAUAAAGGUUAAACAAUGUAUGUGUAAAAAAUAAAAAAUGUCAUCAAAUAAUUCACAAAAAUAAAUAAACCAAUUUUUAUUUAUAUGAGAGAUUUAGGAAAGCAACCUAUGUGCAGAAACACUGAAGGUAAUUGAUAACAGUGCCAAGUUUGGCUGAGUAUAGAUCAGACAUUAGAGGUUGCCAUUUACUGUUGCUUUUUUGUGCAGAAUUAGUCAUAGCAUUGUCUUAAAAGAGGUAAACAAGGGUAGUGCACAAUCAUGAAUUAUCAGAUUAGAGUCAUAAUAUCAAACAAAAAUUUUCACAUUCAAACAAGACAUUAUCAAGUUGGACUUAUUUUAAAACAGAUGUAUCUACCAAGGUACCAUUGUAUAAGUUAAUACAUAUAAAAUGACAACAAGUGGCUGAAUGAAAGUGGUCAAGCCUUUCAAAGGAUUAAUAUUUACCUUAUAGAUAGAUGCAGUACAAAAAGGUCAUGCUAUCCAAAAGUUUAGUAAUUAUUUUUAUAAGGCUGUGCAUAAACUUAAUAAUAAUUAUCAUAUUUUCAUAUUUCUGCAUUCACUUCAUAUGCUUAUAAUUUUAAUAAUUAUAUUGCAGGUUUUUGCAUACACUGCAAACUGUCUUGUGAAAUUAUAGUAUCAGAUUUUGGAAUGUGCAUAGUAUGUAUUAUAUGUAUGAUUUAUUUUGACUCUGCAUUUUUUUCUUUCAUUUAAUUUAACUGUGAUAUGUUUUUCCUGUUACUUUUACUAUUUUCUUUGUCUUGCAUAGUAUCACUCUACAUAAAAUCCUUAUUACUGGAAUUUGGCAAGUAUAUGGUGUGUUAUAUAUAAUAUAUAUAUAUAUAUAUAUUUUAUAUAUGUGAAUUUCUUUACUGCUAAAGAACAGUUUCAAAGUACAUAGAUUUUGCGUUAAUUCCUUUCACCGGAGAGAGAUUAAUUUUUUAAAAUGGUCAUAAAGGUAUUUUACUAUUAAUGUAUCACACUUUUACUAUUUUACAUCUUUCACACUUGUGAUAAUUAUUUCUCUUCUAAUAUAUGUGAGAUUUUCGUAGUUAAGAUGUAGUUUAAUUAUAUCAAUACUUUUAUUUUUGAAAUUGAUGCUGAUGACUAAAUGUUGAUGCCUGACAAUGUUUCUGUUAUGAAAGUCUAAACAGAUGAUUAGGCUUUAACUUCAUUGUUGGUGAGUUUUAUUUAAUUUUUAAUAAAUUCCUAUUAUACACUGUGUUCAUUUAUUUAGAGUUUAUGAGCUAAAGCAGCGGUUCUCAAACUUUUGAUUAAAGCGUACCAUCUAAGCAAAAAUUGAAAAACUUUAGUACCACCACUACAAAGUACUACUACCACCAUUACUCUUGAAUAAAGCUCAGAUCGUAAAAACUUACUAGUGUUAGAGAAAAACCUCAAUCAGUAUGUUGGGGUUUUAAUUUUUGAAUUUAAUAAUUAAAAAUACUUUGCUUCUUUGCAUACCACCUAUAAGUCUCUUGCAUACCACCAGUGGUACAUGUACGACCAGUUGAGAACCUCUGAUCUAAAGUAUAGUUAUAAAUAAAUAUAACAGUUAAGGAAAAAAGACUAUGUACAUAUAUUUUUUAGGAAAAAAAAAUGUUAUUAUAAGAAAAAUGUGGUUUGUACCUUUUUUGGUUUUCAUUAAUUCUUAAAUAAUUAUAUAAAGAAUCUUCUAAUUUAAUUACAUGUAUUAUUUUCUAGUUUCAUCAGUGUUUGAAAAGAUGUUUAUUUUAAUUUCACAAGAAUGACAACAAAAGUUUGCUUCUAGAUAUAGUUGUUUAUGCUACUUUAAUGAAUCGUAAUCAUCUUUCACUGCAUAAGUGACUAUUGCUCUUUCAUCACAAUUUAUUAAUUGUUAGCAUUAUUAUAUGUGAUUACUUGUGACUUGUAUUAACAUAUGAUUUGUAUGAAGUUUUGCUUAUGGCUAUAUAUUCCUAAUUUGUGCAUUAUUUUCCUUUCCUGUAAUUGAAUAUUUCACUCAAAGUUUUAUUUUUCAGUAUGCUUUUGUUAUAUUACAAAUGUGGCAUUUUAAAUGCUUAUUAAUAUUUCAUGUUAAAGUGAUAUAUUUCAAAUGCAUUUUGUAAAAAUAUCCAUGCAAUGUUUUAAAUUUAAAGAAAUAAAUUAUAUACUUCCUGUG